AUGGAGCCCCCGGCGGAGGACCCCCCUGCCGGCCCCCGCGGAGGAGGAGGAGGAGGAGGCCCCCCCGGAGGCCCCCCAGGAGGAGGAGGAGGCCCCCCUCCCCACCCUCCCCGGGACUCGGACCGGCAGGUCCGGCUGCGCCUCUGCGUCCUCAACGAGGUGCUGGACACUGAGCGACACUACGUGGGCACCUUGCGCUUCCUGCAGUCCGCAUUUCUGCACCGGAUCCGACAGAACGUGCUGGACUCAGUUGAGAAAUGCAUCACGGAGGAGAAUGUCAAGAUUCUGUUUUCCAACAUCGAAGACAUCCUGGAGGUCCACAAAGAGUUCUUGGCUGCCCUGGAAUGUUGUUUACAACCAGAACCUCAGUCUCACCAUGAACUUGGAAAUGUUUUCUUAAAGUUUAAGGACAAGUUCUGUGUGUAUGAAGAGUACUGCAGCAACCACGAGAAGGCCCUGAGGCUCCUGAUGGAGCUGAACAAGAUUCCCACAGUGCGAGCUUUCCUCUUGAGCUGCAUGCUUUUGGGAGGAAGAAAGACAACGGAUAUCCCCCUGGAGGGUUACCUACUGACUCCCAUCCAGCGGAUUUGCAAAUAUCCCCUCCUCCUCAAGGAACUGGCCAAGAGGACACCUGGCAAACACCCUGACCAUCCAGCGGUCCAGAACGCUCUCCAGGCCAUGAAGACGGUUUGCAGCAACAUUAAUGAGACCAAGCGACAGAUGGAGAAGCUGGAAGCGUUGGAGCAGCUCCAGUCCCACAUAGAAGGCUGGGAGGGCUCCAACCUGACAGACAUCUGCACCCAGCUCCUCUUGCAAGGGACCUUACUGAAGAUCUCGGCAGGAAACAUCCAGGAGAGGACCUUCUUUCUGUUCGACAACCUCCUGGUGUACUGCAAGCGGAAAUCCAGAGUCACCGGGAGCAAAAAAUCAACCAAACGGACCAAAUCCAUCAACGGAUCCCUUUAUAUCUUCAGAGGCCGAAUCAACACAGAAGUCAUGGAGGUAGAGAACGUGGAAGAUGGCACAGCGGAUUACCAUAGCAACGGGUACACGGUGACCAACGGCUGGAAGAUCCACAACACGGCCAAAAACAAAUGGUUCGUCUGCAUGGCAAAGACGGCAGAGGACAAACAGAAGUGGCUGGAUGCGAUCAUCAAGGAGCGGGAGCAGAGGGAGAGUCUGAAGCUGGGGAUGGAGAGGGAUGCCUACGUCAUGAUUGCGGAGAAAGGGGAGAAACUUUAUCAUAAGAUGAUGAGCAAGAAAGUGAACCUCAUCAAAGACAGGAGAAGGAAAUUAAGCACGGUUCCCAAGUGCUUUUUGGGCAAUGAGUUUGUAGCCUGGCUCAUAGAGAUUGGGGAGAUCAGCAAAACAGAGGAAGGGGUCAACUUGGGACAAGCCCUGCUGGAAAAUGGGAUCAUCCACCAUGUUUCAGAUAAACACCAGUUUAAGAACGAGCAAGUGAUGUACAGGUUCCGAUAUGAUGAUGGGACAUACAAACCACGCAGUGAGCUGGAGGACAUCAUGUCCAAGGGUGUGAGACUUUACUGCCGGCUGCACAGCCUUUUCACUCCAGUCAUCAAAGACCGAGACUACCACUUGAAGACAUACAAGUCGGUGAUUCCUGGAAACAAACUGGUCGACUGGCUGAUCGCUCAGGGAGACUGCCAGACCCGAGAGGAGGCUGUGGCGCUGGGCGUCGGGCUCUGCAACAAUGGCUUCAUGCACCACGUCCUGGAGAAGAGUGAGUUCAAAGAUGAAUCCCAAUAUUUCCGCUUCCACGCUGAUGAAGAGAUGGAGGGGACGAGUUCGAGGAACAAGCAACUCCGCAAUGACUUCAAGCUGGUUGAAAACAUCAUAGCCAAGAGCCUGCUGAUUUCACCUCAGGAAGAGGACUAUGGCUUCGACAUUGAAGAAAAAAACAAGGCAAUCGUGGUGAAGUCUGUCCAGAGAGGGUCUCUCGCUGAGAUGGCAGGCCUGCAGGUGGGAAGGAAGAUCUACUCCAUUAAUGAGGACCUGGUGUUCCUGCGCCCCUUCUCAGAGGUGGAGACCCUUUUGAAUCAGUCCUUCUGCUCGCGGAGGCCCCUCCGGCUCCUGGUAGCCACCAAAGCGAAAGAGAUUAUUAAAGUCCCAGACCGGCCCAAUCUGCUCUGCUUCCAGAUCCGAGGAGAAGCACCACCCUACGUCCGUGCCGUGGGGAGAGGCUCUGAGGCGGCUGCAGCGGGGCUCCAGUCCGGUCAGUGCAUUCUGAAAGUCAAUGGCAACAACGUGAUGAACGACAGCUACGUGGAGGUUCUGGAGAACUUCCUGGCAUUCCGGAGCAAGCAACAAGAAGCACUGGGCCUGUACCAGUGGAUCUACAGCACCCAAGAAGAUGCGGAGGAGGAGGGGGCAUGCCGUUUGGGCCCUGACAUGUGCCUCAAUGGCAGUCUCUCUGAGACCACCGGUGACGAGUUUGCAGGAGGUGACCAUCUUGGAUUGGGAGCAAUGGAGGAAGACUUUCCCGCGCGGUCCGCGGGGUCCCAGCUGACCAUCGGUGAGGACACCCAACUGGUCAGCCUGACGGUGGACAACAUCCAUCUGGAGCACGGGGUGGUGUACGAAUACGUGAGCACCGCGGGGAUCAGGUGCUACGUGCUGGAGAAGAUCGUGGAGCCCAAAGGCUGUUUUGGCCUGACCGCCAAGAUUUUGGAGGCCUUCGCCGCGGAGGACAGACUCUUUGUUGAGAACUGCCAGCGGCUUCUGACGCUGGGCAACGCCGUGGUGACGAUGCCCCAGUUUGAGUUUUGGAACAUCUGCGAUACCAAGCUGGAGAGAACCGACCGUAGAAUUUGCAGCUAUAAGAAGUUUGCAGAGCAACUGAAGGCCAAGGUGAGUCCCCCCUUCAAGCAGACGCCGCUGGAGCCUCACCUCCUCAGCAGCACGGACUUCUACCCCACCAACUGCUACAUCAACCUCAUGGAGGUGUCGUACCCCAAGAGCACCGCGUCGGUCGGGCGCUCCUUCAGCAUCCGGUUUGGACGGAAGCCCUCUCUGAUCGGCCUCGACCCGGAACAAGGUGCCAUAAACCCAAUGUCCUACGCCCACCACUGCAUCACCACCAUGGCGGCCCCGUCCUGGAAGUGCCUCCCACAGGGGAAUGGAGGGAAACCGCCCCAGGGGAGCGUGACAGACUGCAGCUUGGGCCAACAGAACGGGGGGUCCAACCCCGAGGACCGGGGCCUCAGCUUCCUGCUGAAGCGGGAGGACCGGGAGAUCCAGGACGCCUUCCUGCAGUUGUUCAACAAGCUGGACGUGGCCGUCAAGGAGAUGAAGCAAUAUGUCACGCAGAUAAACAAACUGCUGUCCACGAUCACAGAGCCCACUGGGAACAGAGCCUCUGAGCCCCUCUCUGUGGAGGAGGCACCCCACUCCGCCCUGGGAAGCGAGGAGAGCGAGAUGGACAAGGCGGAGCAUGGCGGCACCAAGAAAGUGUGCUUCAAAGUGUCCGAGGAGGAUCAGGAAGACUCGGGUCAUGACACGAUGAGCUACCGGGAUUCCUACAGUGAGUGCAACAGCAACCGGGACUCAGUGCUGUCCUAUACCAGCGUGCGGAGUAACAGCUCCUACCUGGGCAGCGAUGAGAUGGGGUCCGGUGAUGAGCUACCAUGUGACAUGCGAAUCCCAUCUGACAAGCAAGACAAGCUCCAUGGCUGUCUGGAACAUCUGUUCAACCAGGUGGACGCCAUCAAUACCCUUCUCAAGGGUGCAGUCAUGAGCAAAGCCUUUGAGGAAACCAAGCAUUUUCCCAUGGACCACAGUUUGCAAGAAUUUAAGCAGAAGGAGGAGUGGACGAGUCAUUGCCGACACAUGAUUCAGAUGAGAAUCCAGGAGGACCCCUGGAACCUUCCCAACACCAUCAAAACCUUGGUGGAAAGCAUCCAGAAAUACGUGGACGAUGGGAAGAACCAGCUCCUUCUGGCUCUGCUGAGAUGCACAGACACGGAGCUGCAGCUGCGGCGGGAUGCCAUCUUCUGCCAGUCCCUGGUGGCGGCCAUCUGCACCCUCUCCGAGCAGCUGCUGGCCGCCCUCAACUACCGCUACAACAACAACGGCGAGUACGAGGAGAGCAGCAGGGAUGCCAGCCGCAAGUGGCUGGAACAGAUCGCCGCCACCGGGGUCCUGCUCCACUUCCAGUCGCUGCUGUGCCCCGGGGUGAAAGAGGAGCUCACGAGGCUGGAGGAUAUCCAGGUCACGUUAUCGGACCUGGACAACGUCACCAUCAACUUUAAGCAGAUGGACGAGAACUUUGUAGCCAACACUCACAUCUUCUAUCACAUAGAAGGCAGCCGGCAGGCCCUGAAGAUAAUCUUUUACCUGGAUAGCUACCACUUCUCCAAGCUGCCCCUGCGGCUGGAAAACGGGGGCAGUUUGAAGCUGCACUCGGUGUUGUUCACCAAAGCCUUGGAAAACCUGGACGCCCAACCGCACUUGGGGGGUUCUUCCUUGGAGGAACUCCAGCAGGAAAUCAACGCCCAGUCCCUGGAGAAGGUGCAGCAGUAUUAUCGCAAGCUCAGGACGUUCUACCUGGAGAGGUCCACUGAUUCCAACACGACCGCCGUGAAGAUUGACCAGCUGAUCCGCCCCAUCAACGCCCUGGACGAGCUAUGUCGGCUGAUGAAGUCCUUCAUCCACAGCAAGCCCAGCGGCGCGGCAAGCUGCUCCAGCGGCUCCAGCGGGCCCGGGGCGGGGCUGCUGCCCAUUUCUUCGGAACUCUGCUACCGACUGGGCGCCUGCCAGCUCACCAUGUGUGGCACGGGCAUGCAGAGGAGCACCCUGAGCGUGUCUCUGGAGCAAGCUGCCAUCUUGUCCCGGAGUCACGGGCUACUUCCCAAGUGCAUCAUGCAGGCCACUGACAUCAUGAGGAAGCAGGGGCCCAGAGUGGAAAUCUUGGCAAAAAAUCUCAAAGUCAUGGAUCAGAUGCCUCAGAAUGCCCCACGAAUAUAUAAGCUGUGCCAGCCACCUGUGGACGGAGACUUGUAAAUAUCCCAGGGAGAUCCUUGCCUCAUGUUCGGCAGAGAAUCCGCCCCGCCCUGUCCCAACAAGAUCCCCCGAGAACUAACUCCUUAGGCGGAGCCCAAGCCCAACCCUGGGGCUGGUAGCCGGAAGGAACCGCGUGGAAGCCAGCCCAGCCCGCAUCCCCGGAAUCACCCCGGCCACCAGAAGCCGUGACUCGUCUGGGGCUGCGCCGGCUAGCUGGGAGGGCUUCUGAAACUGGAAUCCAACCGCCCGUCUGGCCGGAGGGAACGGAUGGAGCGACUGCCCAUCGAGGAACAGCAGCCAGGUUGUCGCGCUGGCUUGUUGUUUUGGAUCCUGGGCCGCGAAGCCACGAAGGCCAUAAGCGCCCAAGCACGAUUUUGCCGACAGCCGCACACCUGGUCUGCAUUUAGCCGUCCAGAUCAUUUCGUCAGUGGCUCGGAGGAGCCAGAUUCCUUUCGCCAACACCACUCUUUGAGUCUGUUGACCUGCACUUUUGGAACCGUGAAUAGCACAAAUGUCUGGUUUCCUUCGAAUAGGAGAACGAGUAUUUAUUCUGGAGCCCUGAAACCGUAUCAGAAACCAACACUCUAAAUGCUGCCAAGCCAAGAAUACAUUCCUCAGUAACUGGUCAUUACUGUUUUCUUUCGAUUUAGCUUUCACGUUUGGGAUUAACAGUUUUUUUAAAACUAAUGCCGUUGUACGUAUUCUGGAAAUACAGAGACGUUUAGCGGGAAGGAGUUGACACGAUCGUUAUUUACGUGAGCUUUGCCGCUUUCCCCAGUGAAGGCAGAAGGAACUAUGCCGAAUUUAUUUAUGUGGCGUGAAAUGUCUGUUUUUGGAUCACAGGAUUAUAUAUAUGAGAUUUAAAUUUAAAAAGGUAUAUUGUUUAACAUGGGACCAACGUAUUCCCAGCUAUUCCUGUUUUUUACUAAAAGCCCCUAAAUUAUUGAUUAUUCCAAGGUUAUCUGCUCUUUUUUCUCAUCAGUAGAUAUGCGGAGGGUCAAAGAAUUGAGUGGUUAAUAUGGGUUUUGUCUAUAACGAAUAGUUCGGCCUAAGUAUUAGAACGAAUAGUUUAAGUUGCUAGAUGAAACCGUGAUCCCAGUCCGGACUGGGAUCGAAUCGUGCUUGGUUUGCGAGCUUUAGCAACAGGUGACUUUCUAGCCUCUUCUAAGCCUGCCAGCCCGCGACGUGAACGUGAGGAAAGUGAGUUGAGGAGGCCGACGGUUUUGUUUCUAUUUAUUUUCAGGUUGUGAACAGGGCAUUAACCACCUCCAGUUCUGUCUUAGCCCUCUGCCCCUCCAAGCACACUACCAAGGGCGUGUUCCAAAGCGGGCAGUGGAUUCACCAUCCUCUCAUUUGUCAUUCCUCCCCGUGUCCCCUUCAAAUCCUCCCUGGGGGUGGUCGGGGAGGGGUAUCUUACUCAGAAGCCCCAGUGAGCACCAUGGCUGGAAGAGGCAUUAUUUUUUUGAAGUCCUACUUUAUCAUUGCGGGCAGUUUUGCAUCUUAAGCCGCGUUUUCUGAUUUUUCCGAUCACAGGCAAAGCUAGCCAUCCCUGUGGAGCGUCUGAGCCUCCCGGGCUUGCUCCUGCAGUCAGAGCCUGGCAGAAUUUGGAAGCCGCCGGGUCAGAGGUGGCUAAAGCAGCCAAGAGACGUGAAGACGCAUUUGUACUGAGAAUAAGAAAUCCCGCCUGGACUGUGGGAAAAGCGGAGAACCUGAUUGGAGGAUGGUCGCAUUGGGCACUGUACAUGUACAGAUUAUUCUCAUUCAGUUCACGAUAGAUUUUUUUAUUAAAAGUCGGUUUAUAUGACGAGGCCU